UCCUGUUUAGCGCGGCCAUAUUCACGGUCUCUGCUCCUGUGUCGGGGUUCGGGUGUCUCGUCACCGGUCCGUGUGGUCUUUGACGAACUGCCUUAUCCACGAGAGGGACCCCACAGAGGCUGCCAUGGAGUCUGUGACCUUUGACGAUGUGUUUGUCAACUUCACCUUGGAGGAGUGGGCUCUGCUGGACGCUGCCCAACAACAGCUGUACAGAGACGUGAUGGUGGAGACCUUCCGGAACCUGGCCUCCGUCGAAAAGGAAAAGGAAAGCCAGAUCAUUGAAGAUGAAGAAGAUCAGACGGUUGAAGAUGUGUGUGAAAAUCCUGAACCAGAUCUAAGGCUGAGCAUUCUCAAUCAGAAAAUCCAAAAUCCAACAUAUUCCGGUGCUGGGAACAUGUGGAGUAGCAACAUCAUGCCCAAAGUGAAGAUCUCUGAUGAUUUCAGAAUCCAAGUUCUGGAGAGUCUCUAUGAGAAUACGGAGCAGAUCGAAUAUGGCGACAUCUUCAGUCCCAUUCCAGAUGACGCUGGGAGCAAGGAGACACCCACUGCGUUGGAACCCAGUAAAAGCCAGAUGUUUGAUGUUCUCAUGGGUCCCUCCUCCCUAAACAUGCCCUUCAACACCUACCCUUACAACAAACCAUUCGACUAUCAGCAAUAUGGCACCAUGCCAUUUAAAUUUGAGGACUAUACCAAUCCACUCCCCCAGUAUUUGCAGCAGCAAGAGGGGACAAACUCGGGAGACAGGUACUAUGGAUAUAAUCAGUUUGGGAAUGCCUUCGCUCAUUCCAGUUCUGCUCCGGUCCACGAGAGACCGCAGUCAGGUGACAGGCCGUACGCAUGCCCACAGUGUGGGAAAGCCUUCUUGUCCUUGAGUGACGUGCGGAGACACGAAAGGACUCACACGGGGGAGAAACCCUUCGUGUGCAAGCAGUGUGGGAAGGCCUUUAGCUCUUCCGGUUACAUCAAGAUCCACGAAAGGACUCACACCGGUGAGAAACCCUACGUAUGUAAGCAGUGUGGAAAAGCCUUUGGGCAAUCCAGCCAUUGCCUCAUCCAUGAAAGGACUCACACUGGUGAGAAGCCCUAUGUGUGUAUGGAAUGUGGGAAAGCUUUCUGCUCCAUGAGUGAUGUGCGGAAACAUGAGCGCACGCACACCGGAGAGCGCCCAUAUGUGUGCAUGCAGUGCGGGAAAGCCUUCUGCUCUAUGAGUGACGUGCGGAAACACGAGCGCACACACACUGGAGAGCGCCCGUAUGUGUGCAUGCAGUGCGGGAAAGCCUUCUACACAUGGAGUGAUGCACAAAAACACUACCGCACGCACAGCGGGGAGAAGCCCUAUGUGUGUAACGAGUGUGGCAAAGCCUUCAGUGACUCCAGUUCUCUUCACAAGCAUAAAAUAACUCACACAGGACAGAAGCCCUACUCGUGCAAUCAGUGCGGAAAAGCCUUCUUUCUGCUGGGCAAUAUUCAAACACACUUAAGGACUCACAAUGGAGAGAAACCUUUUGUGUGUAAAUAUUGUGGGAAAGCCUUCAGUUGUUCGAGUUACAUUAAAAUACACGAAAGAACGCACACCGGAGAGAAACCCUAUGUGUGUCCACAGUGUGGCAAAGCCUUCUUCACUUUAAGCAACGUUCGAAGACAUGCACGAACUCACAAUGCGGAGAAAGCCUGUGUGUGCAAGGAAUGUGGACAAGUGUUCCUUUCGUUGAGUGACUUACAGACACACGAAGCACUCGCACACUGUGUGGAAAGCAUGUCCUAUGGUUUGAAUGUGGAAUAACCUCCACGCAUUCCCAUGUGGAAGGCUGGUCCCCAGCUGGUGUGUGACUUGGGGACAUUGUGGAGACUUUACGAGGUGGAGUGUAGCUAGAAGAAAGAGUGGCAGGCAUGCAUCUCUUGGAUGUUGUGCCUUGCUUUCUCUGCUUUUGGCUCACCACAAAUACAGACGUCA